GGGAUCAUGCUCCUCCCACAAGCAGACGCGUGGGAGCCUGGAGGCCGUUCUUUCUUAAGCCGACGAGUUCAUCGGGUUUCCGGAGAGCGCUCCGCGGUCUGGAUCUGAAGGCCACCUGACCAUGAACGUCCCGCUGCGAUCCGGCCCGAGCUCCUGGCGGCGGGCAGGCACCGUUGUGCUGGCCGCCGCCCGGGGCGCGCGAGGUCCCGCCGCCCGUCAGUCCGCUGACGGCUUCCGGCUGCUGCUUCUCCAGCGCGCCCAGAACCAGCGCUUCAUGCCGGGCGCGCACGUCUUCCCGGGAGGUGUGCUGCACGCCGCCGACAGCUCGGCCGACUGGCUGCGACUCUUCGCGCCUCGGCACACGCCGCCGCGUUUCGGCCUGGGCCCGGCGCCGCCUUCGCAACCCCCUUUUCCGGGACUGUUCCACGACGACGCCGGCGCCGGGGCGCUGCCUGAUGAUGUCGCGCUGCGCAUCUGCGCCAUCCGCGAGACCUUCGAGGAGGCUGGGGUGCUGCUGUUGAGACCGCGGAGCUCGCCGCCCGCUUCUCAGGAGCCUGGCCUGGCGCUGCCGCCUCCGCCAGGCCUGGGCGACUGGCGCUCGCGCGUGCGCAGUGACCCGCGCCACUUCCUCCAGCUGUGCGAGCACUUGGACUGCACGCCCGACAUCUGGGCUCUGCGCAACUGGGGCGGCUGGCUCACGCCGAUCGGGAGCGGCAGUCGCCGCUUCGACACCUCCUUCUACCUGUGCUGCCUGCGCGAGACCCCGCGCGUGGAGCCCGACCUGACCGAGGUGGUGGGCUACAAGUGGUUGUCUCCAUCAGAGGCAACGGAGUGUUUCCUGUCCAAAGAAAUCUGGCUGGCGCCACCGCAGUUCUAUGAGAUGAGAAGACUUGACACUUUUGCCUCUCUCUCCGCUCUGUACAGCUUUUCCUCAGCUCGCCCCUUCGACAUAACUGAGAAAUGGCUGCCGAUAAUCCUCUCCACUGCUGAUGGCUCUGUCAUGCUCUUCCCAGGCGAUGAACUGUACGUGAAGGAUGCGGCUUUCUUAGAAAACCCGAUGUCUACUGACAAGAAGACGGAAGAGAUCUUGAAGGGAGGCAAAGUAGUUAACCGACUGGUGCGCCGCAGUCUCCAUCUCUAUGAGCUCUACGUGUCCCUCCUGUCAAAUGAGCGCGUGUACCCUGAGAACUUUGCAGCGGACGCGAGCCUAACCGCCCGUUUGUAAAGCUGCUUGACUUGCGAGGGUCGCCUGAACUUGCCUAAAGCAGAAGGGACGUGCCUGUGAACGGGACAUCGAGGUGUUGCCUGUGUCACGCGUGUUGUGGGCUCCCCUGCCAGUCCUCAGGCUACACAGCAAGCCGUGUAUGAAAUGUAUGAACUAUUAACAGCCUUGUUACUAAGAUCAAUGCUUUCUGUCUUAUUAGCUUAAACAUUUAAAAAGGGGGUCUCCUGCUGUCGCCUUUUGUUGUUGUUGUUUUUGCUUUUCCGAGGCAAGGUUUCUCUAUAUAAUAGCCCUGGCUGUCCUGGAACUCACUCUGUAGACCAGGCUGGCCUUGAACUCCCAGAUCUGCCUGCCUUUGCCUCCUGAGUGCUGAGAUUAAAGGCGUGCCACCACUGCCUUCCCGUUCUCCUUCUGUCUUUUGACUGCCCCACGUGUUAGCAAGUUUCCUGAUGUGCGGUAGAGAUUGAGUCCUGGAUCUCUUAGACUCUGGGUAGAAAUUAAUUCAGGGGUACCUAAUUAGAUGCCAUUAUGGUUCGAAUGUGGGACUUCUGCACAUGGUUCAUAGCUGGUAGCACUGUUUUGGUAGGUUGUGAACACCGAGGGGCAGGCUUUAACCAGAAAAAGUGGGCUGCUGGCACGGGUGGGUCUUGAAGGAUUGAGUCCCACCUCUGUUCCAGAAGAAUUCCUGCUUUCUAGUCUGAGGAGAUGUGAGCAGGCUGCCUCUGGUCUCCGCUUCCAUGAAUGUCGCAUUGCCUUCAGCACCAUGACACCGGCUGAAAUAAACCCCUGCUCUCUAAAUUGUCUCUGUGAGGCAUGUGAUCAUAGCAAGGAAAGCAGUAAUGGAAAUAAACAGUGGUUGAGGCAUCCUUCAAGAGUGAGGUCAUGCUCUCGCCAUGUAUUUAACUUGAUAUUUAACAUACAGGCCCGCACCUUAAUCCCAGCACUGGGGAGGCAGAGGCAGAUGGAUCUCUGUGAGUUCAAGGCCAGCCUGGUCUAACAAGCAAGUUCCAGGACUGUUAUAGAGAAACCCUGUCUCUAAAAAAACCAACCAAACAAACAAAGAAAAACCCAUACAGUAUUUGUCUUAAAACCAAGUAGCAUUCAUUUUGACAUCUAA